UUAUCCCUUACUUCUUUCCUGUACAGUCCUAAUCCAAUUCUCCCCUCCUCUCUCUCUCUAUACAUCUGUAUCUACAUAAAAGGGUUCUGAUUUUAGAGUUGAAUUGAAUCGGAAAUCGGAAAGUAAUGGCUCAAGCAGUUGAAGAAUGGUACAAGCAGAUGCCUAUAAUAACCCGUUCCUAUCUCACUGCUGCAGUUGUCACCACCAUCGGUUGCUCACUUGAUAUAAUCUCUCCUUACAACUUGUACUUGAACCCUAAACUUGUGGUCAAGCAUUAUCAAUUCUGGCGACUCAUCACCAAUUUUCUUUACUUUCGGAAAAUGGACUUAGAUUUUCUGUUCCACAUGUUCUUUCUUGCUCGAUACUGCAAGCUUCUUGAAGAGAAUUCCUUCAGAGGAAGGACUGCUGAUUUCUUUUACAUGCUCUUUUUUGGUGCCACUGUUUUAACGGGAAUUGUUCUAAUUGGGGGAAUGAUACCUUAUGUGUCAGAAUCAUUUGCAAAGAUUAUAUUCCUUAGCAAUUCAUUGACGUUUAUGAUGGUUUAUGUGUGGAGCAAGCAAAAUCCUUAUAUCCAUAUGAGUUUUUUGGGCCUCUUUACUUUCACAGCAGCUUACCUUCCAUGGGUUCUUCUGGGAUUCUCUGUCCUUGUUGGAGCUAGUGCUUGGGUGGAUUUACUGGGAAUGAUAGCUGGUCAUGCAUACUAUUUUCUUGAAGAUGUCUAUCCGCGAAUGACAGGUCGUCGACCCCUAAAAACACCAUCGUUUAUUAGAUCAUUAUUUGCAGAUGAACCUGUAGUAGUUGCGAGGCCCGCGAACGUGAGAUUUGCUGCCCCACCUGUAGAGGAAGUUCAACAAAAUUAAUCAGAUUUUUUUUUUUUUUGGAAACCUAGACCGAUGUUUACUGGCCUUUGCUGUUGUUGAUAUUGUCUCGAAUUGUGUGAUGGCCAGCCAAAAUGUGAUGAGUUUUUAGUUAAAUAUAUAGUAUGAAAAACUUUUUCAGUGACAUGCUAAUUUUUACUUGUCAUCACUCCUCAUGGCUGUGAGAGUUUGAAGACAGUAUUUUGUAAUUAAAUUCUUGACUGGUUCUUUUCUAGUUGCACAAAAAAAUGUACAGUUUAGAGUGAGAGAGUUUCCACUUGAA